ACCGCAGGUGACCGUACCCACCCACCCCCCACACCAACCAUCUUAGCGUUUACGACGGUUCCGUGACGGUUCUUCCCACGGUUGGGAUCAAGAACUCGACUCUCCCGAGGCGGCGACGCUGCGUCCGUUCGCAAGCUCGUGGAAGCGAACCGUAUCCCAGAGACAGAGAGAGCCAUGUCCUCCUCCGCCGUCAGAUGGGUGCCGAAACCGAGACGGGAAGAACCCACAGCGACCUCCUCUGCGUCCGAAACCUCGAACCCCACCCCAGAUCCCGUCGGCCCCGUCCAAGAAUCAAGAAUUGCGGUCGGAUCCGAUCGUGAACAUCAGAGAGACGAAUCCGGCGAUCCAUCCGCGAUGGGUGCCACGGACGAUCUCAAAUAUCUCGAAGCGGCAAUCGGGAGAUUGGAUGAGCUGAGGAUUAGUGGAGAGGAACCCGAGUUAUCGGAAGAACAGAUACGGGUCAAUGACCAGAUGCAAGAGGAUGAGGUUUUGGCUCUCGAAGCAAUUUAUGGGGACAAUGUUUUGAGCUUUGAUAAAAAAGAGGGUUUAAGAUUUUUCCAGGUACGCAUGGAGUACGAUCUCCCUGACUGCAUCAAUGUAUCUGCAAUGCUCCAAUCGUCUACCACUAAGGUAAAAUCUGGGUCCAGAAGUCUAAAUGGGAGGACAAAAAGUGAUGAUUCUCAUGAAUUUUUGUACACUUUCAAUGUUCAAUAUUUGCCUCCACUACUGUUGACGUGUUUACUGCCUAAAUCAUAUCCAAGUCAUCGUCCCCCCUACUUUACCAUCACAGUAGAUUGGUUGAACUCCGAAAAAAUUUCCAGUCUUUGUCAUAAGCUGGAUGCCAUAUGGAUGGAGCAACCAGGACAAGAAAUUACAUAUCAGUGGGUAGAUUGGCUACAAAAUUAUUCUCUUUCUUACCUUGGGUUUGAUAGUGGUGUAAUGCUGGAUCGAUAUGACAUGCAAGAUGUGAAAGAUAUCCGUGCCGAUUUUGGAAAUGCCCGACCGGAUUUUAUCAUUUCCUCUAUGAUCAAUUAUGAUCAGGAGAAAUGCCAUCAAUCUUUUCUUAACAAUCUUCAUCAGUGUAUUAUCUGCUUCACCGAAUAUGCAGGUACAAGUUUUAUCAAACUUCCUUGUCAACAUUUCUUUUGCUGGAAAUGUUUGGAAACCUACUCCAAUAUGCAUGUGAUGGAGGGCACUGUAACCAAGUUGCUGUGUCCUACUGAUAGAUGUGGUGGUUUUGUUCCACCUGGUUUACUGAAACGACUACUUGGAAGUGAAGCCUAUAAACGAUGGGAAUCAUUAGUGUUGCAGAAGACAUUGGACUCAAUGACUGAUGUAGCCUACUGUCCUAGAUGUGAAACGGCAUGCUUGGAAGAUGAGGAGCAUCAUGCUCAGUGUUCAAAAUGUUUCUUCAGCUUUUGCUCCCUUUGCAGAGAACGUCGUCAUGUAGGAGUGGAGUGUAUGACACUGGAAGUAAAGCUACAAAUUUUGCAGGCACGCCAGAAUUCAUCUAAUCUUUCACGAAACCAGUUACACAUGGAGCGUGAGAUGAUAAAUGAGAUCCUCAGUGUCAAGGAAGCCCUUCGUGAUGCUAAGCAAUGUCCGUCUUGCAAGAUGGCAAUCUCAAGGACUGAAGGAUGUAACAAGAUGGUGUGCCAGAACUGUGGGCAGUAUUUCUGCUACCGCUGUAACAAGGCUAUUGAUGGUUAUGACCAUUUCAGGGAAGGGUGUGAACUGUUCCCCCGCGAAGAGAUUGAACGCUGGGAAAUUCAGAUGAAUCCAAGACAGGUGGUUGGCCAGAUACGAGCUGAAUUAUAUCCAAAUGUUGGUCAUCCAUGUCCUACUUGUCGUCAAGUAAAUCCAAAGGUUGGUAAUAACAAUCACAUCUUCUGCUGGGCUUGCCAAAAACACUACUGUGCAAUGUGCCGGAAAACUGUGAGGAAAAGUUCCGAGCAUUUUGGACCUAAUCGAUGCAAGCAACACACCUUGGAUCCCUGAUCUUGGUUGGUCAUUUUUGGACAAAGAUCAUGAGCAUUUUUCAACCUCAUUAGUUUUUCAGUGUAUUGAAAAUGAGUUGUUCGUUUGGGUGUUCGUUAAAAUAAUGGUGUCGUUAAAAUACUACAGAAUACUACAGGACUGGUGGUUUGCCAAUGGUUGUGAUCUCACUCAGCGGACUGUUUAAAUUUUGUGCCUUGUGU